AUGGCCGCAGACGCCCCACCACCGCUUUCGUUCAUCCUUGGGUCUGUCUGGCCUGGAUACGACGAGUACGACCUCGUACGCAUCAAGCUGAUGCAGCUGGGAAUCGACGAAGGCUUUCCCGUCGAGGAUCUCCCGCUUCCAACCGAGCACUCUCACUGGAACCGACUGGGCCGCGGGCGGCCUUUCCACUUCGGCUGCUGCUACGAGGACAAAGACUCGACUGCACCACCACCUUGCACUUUCCGCGUGGUCCUCGAGCCCCGAGUCGUCGAGGGCAUCCCCAGGACGGUGGUAACGCGGGUUAACACUCAGCAUAACCACGAGGCUCGUCUGGGCUACCUGGACCGAAUGCUUCACAAGCUGGAAGAGGAGACGGAUCUGAAGAAGCGCAAAGCGGAGGUGCGGGACAGGGCCCUUGACCGCCUCGACCACAUCAAGAAGUCGUGGUCGUUCCGGGUCACCUCUGUCGAUCCACCGACUCGCUGGGAGCUCGACGCUGCCUUCGGCGAGCAGAACAUGAUUCUCGAUACCUGGGAGAAGAUGUUCGGGAAGGCGUCUUUUGACGACUUAGUCGAGGCGGCGAAGGAAAAACUUUCGCUGUUCACGCAGAAUGAGCAUGCGGCAGCUCUUGCUCAGAUGAAGCGCUCACAUGAUACGUUCAUCCUGCGGACUCCGCCUGUCACGCCGCCGAAGCGCACUCCUCCGCGACAAGACCUUCCGACGCCGACGCCAGUCGCAUACCAAUCUCCGUCAGCGACGUCGCCAGUCGCUCGCAUUAAGCGUGAAGCAGCCCCGGAACCGUUGGGCCAACCCGAGCGCAAGACACCGCGAAUAGAAGAUGACCGUGCGGAGGCGGCACCGAAGGAGAAAAAGGUGGUUGUCAUCGACUUGUGCGACUCGGAUUCCGAGGGCGAGGAUGUCAAGCCGGCGAUCCAAGUCGGACCUGCUACUCCAACAGAAGCGACAGGGAACGCUGCAGCGCAAGACGUGCACGAAAGCGGCAAGACUGCCGACCCAAAACGUCCUGAAAUUCCGAGCGACCUCGCCGACUUCCUCCGCUCGCUCUCCUGCCCGUUCCCCAUCGAGAAGCACGUCCACCUCUUCGCCCGACCUUCGAUCGAGGUCGACUCGCCGCAACAGUUACGGUACAUCGCGUCGAGGGAGAAUGGCGCGCUCGACGAGCUGUUGGAAGAGCUCGGCAAGGACGUGACGCGAGACAACGGUAUCAUUGAGAAGGGGAUGCCGCGAGUUUGGCGGUCGGCGCUGAGAGACGAGCUGAAGCGAGUAGCACGAGACGAGUAG